CUUGUCUACGAACACCGCCUACUGUCCAACUUGAGCUGUGUUGUAUAUGCGACUGUUCUACGGCGGCGCAUUCCACUGGUCUGCCGUGAGUGUCGCUUCCGGGAAAACUCGUCGGAACUAUGUCAAUGGAUGACCGUCACAUACUUGACGUCGGUGAGCAUAACUGCUCACACUUGAAACAGCAUCGUGGUGUUGACCGUAAAAUCCCAAUACCAGCUUACGAUCAUGCACAGGCUACAUGGAAUGGAAACUAUGUAGGAGAAUACCAUAUGAAUCUCUUGCAUGAGCUGCAGGGAUACUGUACAUGGCGCGGGUCAACUUGUGAACCAUUUCUAACAGUUGUACAAUCCGCCGGGACGGGGAAGUCAUCCAUGAUACGUGCACUUUCCGAUAACAUGUUCGUCAUCCCUGUCUCCCUAGGAUAUAAGCAUGUAGAUCGACUGGGAAAGACCUACUUGUCCUCAGGUAGAGAUACUCUCCCGCAGCCACCACGGUCCCACUGCACACCUGAUGUUCCGUCCAGAUCUGCAUCCUCCUCCGGACUAUUGCGUCCUUCGAUGGCUCAAAGAUGACACCAGAUACGGGACUGCCUUUGACCGCUGUAGUGCGUUCCUCCAGGCUCUGUUUCAGCAUACUCUUCUUGUACUGGGACGUGAUUUUACGGAAGAAUGUGCCUCGGGGAUGGACGCGCUGCUGAGAUCCUUCAACAAGAAGAUGCACGAUGUUCCGCCGGACGAUCGAUUCAACGACUAUCGAGAACGCUUCUAUGCUGAUGUGAUUGAAUACGCCAAAGCGC